AUGGGAGGUAUUGACCGGGCUGAUAAAGCCAUGACAUACUACAUGGUCUUGCACAGAUGUGUAAAAUGGUGGAAGAAGGUGUUCUUUUAUCUUUUGGAGGUGUGCUUUUGCAAUUCUUUGAUUAUUUACAAGCAGCAAAUGCACCCAAAGCGGGUUAAUGCUGAGAAGUUUCGUCUCGACAUUGCUCAUGGUCUUCUGGUGGGAUUAGAGUCAGCACCAUCUCGCGUGGGGAGGCCACCCAGAGAUCCACCUUGUCGUCUGAUUAAUUGUGAGCAUUUCAUUGCCAUAAACAGACAAAGAACUGCUAAUGGCAAGCCAUCUAAGCCAGAUUGUAUCGUGUGCUCUAACAGAGAGAAAAAGUGUCAUCAGACACAGUAUAUCUGUGAUAAGUGUCUGGAGCCCAUGUGCCCUUAUCCAUGCUUCAAGAGAUACCACACCCUGCUGGACUAA